AUGCCGGCCAAAGAAAUUCGCAUCCAAGAGGAUGCUCAAGCGCUGUGCGACCGCAUGCAGCUGUUCCAGUCAAUGUGCACAAAGCAGGUGGACGGGUAUCGCCGAGAGGACCUCGCCUGUGUCGCGCUCAGCGCCUGUGCACCUCGUCAGCGCAGACCACAGAGUGCGGAACGUUUUGACUACAUGGACAUGGAGACCGACCAGGAGAAGGGCGACAGGCGGCGUAUCAUUCACAAGCUCUACAACCGUCUCAUCGUGGAACACAACCAGGAGCAAACAGUCAGCACGAAACCGGCCUUGAAAGUCACCAGUGCUCUUUCCUGGGCACUGCUGCAAGUCACCAACAUCGACGAAAUGCGCAAGUUGGAGCAGACUCUCGAUUCGACAGUAGAUAUUCCAGAGUAUUUUCAGAGCAUCGAGGCCAUUCUUGACGGAUGGAAUCUCCACUUCAAGACAUUCCUGACGCUCCCGCCGUCUUCUGGUCGUGGUGAUGGAGAGCCGCAGGCGUUGAAGAGGCGCAGGUCCAAGAAGGUGAAGGAAAUCUGCAUUGCUCGCGAUGAGGAAUGCAUUUUGACUGGGGAUCGAGAGCCUCAUGUAGCGCACAUCUCCCCCUUCAGUGCCGCAAGCGCCCAGCAAACUAAGUUCAUUCUUGCUCGGCUAUGGGGCCCGGACAGAGAAAAAGCCAUAUCUAAGAAGCUUUUCCCGAACGGCACAACAGGUAUUGACGUCAUUGGCAAUGUCAUAUGCCUCUCGCCGAACAUGCAUGCCGCCUGGGCCCGGUACGACGUUGCACUGUUCCCUAUGCGCCCGAGCGAGGAAAAGGAAGAGGGCAAAUGGUGUAUGAAGGUUGUUUUCUACUGGUUGAAGCGCUGUUCGGUGGCCAAGACGUCGAGCAUGGGCAGCAAUAUAUGGGCAUCCGCUCGGGAGGUCCUGCUCCAGACUGCCAUUGGAAUCAAAAAGCAGCGGCCCCGAGCUGUCGACCUGCGUACGGGCGCACCCGUCCUUGAUGGGCAGAUUUUCACCAUCAAAGCAGCGAUGAAAGAUGAUUUGCCCGACUACGAUAUCCUCAUGCUCCAGUGGGACAUUGUGCGCAUGGCAUCGCUGUGCGGAGCUGCUGAGUCGGGUGAUGACUAUGAUAAAGACGCCUAUGAUAUAGAUGAUGAUGAGGAACAUGUGGAGGCUGAGAUGGAGAUGACUAAUGAGUGA